GGUGAUCAGGAGACCUGUCUUCAAUUCAAAAAGGCACGUUUUUGACCAUGUAGAUAAUGGACAUAUGGAUUAUGUGGCACAAGUAAUAUGAGAAAUUGUUUUACUUUUAUUCUUGGACGUUUUUCACAUUGUUUGAAUAUGAAGAUAUGAGAUUAGAUUUUUUUUUCUGGCUAUCUCUACAAAGUACAUGGGUUUUCAAGCCAUGACUCGAUGGGCCCGUGCAAAUAACCACCGACAUAAGCCAUCUAAUGCUACACCAUGGAAUCAGAUGUGGCAGACUUCUAAAAAAGCAAACAAUGGACAAGGUUCAUCUCAACUUUCUACAAAUGCACAGAAACUCUCAGUUAAGCAGAAUCAACAAGGAGGUGCCAUACAUAAAACAAAGAAAAAAAAAAAGGACUACAAUAAUGAAGAUGUGAAUGGGUUCAUAGAUUAUUUAAAGCAAAGUGGUCAGCCUUUGCCACUGGAUUAUGUGGGAGUAGAAGCAGAAAGUGAAAUAUUUAAAGAGGAGCUCUCUGUUGCACUGAAAAAAGAUAAAAGAAAAAAUGACAGAAGAAUAAAGAGGCAGAAGGCUAAGCAGAAUAAUAUGAUAUGUUUCAAGUGCAGAAAAACUGGCCAUGGCCUAGCUGAUUGUCCACAGGCAGAAGAGGAUCAGGACCUGGGAAGAGGAAUUUGCUACCGUUGUGGAUCUACUGAACAUGAAAUCCAUAGAUGCAGAGCAAAAAUAGACCCUGCAGUUGGAGAAUUUCCAUUUGCUAAAUGCUUCAUUUGUGGUGCAUCAGGACACGUUUCAAGAUCAUGUCCUGAUAACCCUAAAGGGGUAUAUUCACAAGGUGGCAGCUGUAGAGUAUGUGGUUCAGUAGAGCACUUCCAGAAGGACUGUCCAGAAAAUCGGAGCUCAGGAAAUUCUGUGACAGUAGGAAGAUGGUCAAAUCAAAUGAGUGCUGAUCAUGAAGAUAUUCCAGGGCCUGUGAAUAAAGUGAAAACCAAAGGACAGAAAAUUGUGACAUUCUGAUUCACCAUUAAGGAUUUUUUUUUUUAUGUUACUGUGGAUAAAAGCUUAACUGGAAUUUUUCACGAUUGUACAUUUUGCCUUUAUUAUACCACCAAACAGAUCUUCCACACCCCAGGUGUAGGCUGCAUUUAAUGAAGCAGCCACUGAAUUUUCUCUAAAUUUAAGUGAAUGGCAUUUAGUGACUUGCCAUAACGAAAUUUUAGAAUAAUUUACAGCAUCCUUGUAUAGUCAUAUCAGAAAAUUUCUAGGAAAAUGUAUAACUUUUGUUGUACUUGUCACCUUAUCUUGACAUUCUCAAAUGCUUUGUGCAGCAGGGUUUGUGGAAGCAAGAAGAUGAAAUAUAC